UUAUGAUAUUUAUCAAUGUUAUAUGUAGGUAGUCUCUUGUAUCGAGUAGUUGUAGUAGACCGUCAGUGUUAAGGUUUCUAGACUUCUUCCAUAUUUAAUCUUUGAUGGUAUGAAGGUUACACAAAACUGCACCAAAUAGGAAAAGAAAAAUUGUAUGAUAAAAAAAAUGAAAUAUUGGAACCUUUACUUAUACAGAGCCAUUCAAAGGGUUUGAAUGAACUGAACAAAUAUGAAGAGUGGGUUAAGAACUACUGCUGUACGAUCCUUAAGAAUCAAAGGUAGAUUUUAUUCUACUAAUUCUGGAUCAACCAUAACUACUAAUUCCGUUCAAACCAUUCAAGGGAUUGAGAAAUUUCCUAAUAAUUCGACUAUAUUUUCAUUAAUUCAACCAACGGGGAAGAUUCAUAUUGGGAAUUAUUUAGGAGCGAUUAAUAGUUGGAAAGAAUUAAGUGAAGUAGAAUCAGAAGGAACGAAAUAUUUAUUUGGGACUGCUGAUCUUCAUGCUAUAACUCAAACUAUUGAUGCUAAAAUAUUAAAACAAUAUCGAAUGGAAGCUAUUGCUAGUUUGAUUUCAAGUGGAUUGAAUCCGGAGAAAUGUAUUUUAUUUCAUCAAUCGGCUGUUCCAGAACAUAGUGAAUUGAAUUGGUAUUUGACUUGUAUAACUAGUAUGGGGAUGUUGAAUAGAAUGACGCAAUGGAAACUGAAAGCUCAUCAAGAUCAAACCAGUUCAAUCUUUGAAGAAAAAGUAUUGGAACAAACUAAAGCAGGAUUAUUAUGUUAUCCAGUAUUACAAGCAGCUGAUAUUUUGAUUUAUAAAUCAACUCAUGUUCCAGUGGGAGAUGAUCAAUCUCAACAUCUUGAAUUAACCAGAAAUUUGGCUCAAUCAUUUAAUCAUAUAUAUAAGACAAAAUUCUUCCCCAUGCCCAAAACAUUAUUAACACCUGCUAAAAAGAUUUUAUCAUUAAGAAAUCCAUUGAAAAAGAUGUCAAAAUCAGAUGUUGAUCAAAGUUCAUGUAUUUAUGUUACGGAAUCAUCCGAAGAAAUAUCGAAAAAGAUUAGAAAAGCCACUACUGAUUCAAUUCAAGGGAAGAUAUAUUAUGAUCCAGUGGGCAGACCUGGAGUAUCAAAUUUGAUUAAUAUUAUUUCAGGGUUAACGAAAAAGUCAAUUGAUGAAACCGUGGUUGAUUUACAAUGGAUUAAUGAUCAUAAACAAUUGAAAGAUCAUGUUACAGAGUUGAUUGUGGAAGAAUUUAAAGAAAAGAGACAUAUGUAUGAUCAAUUAUUGAAUGAUGUGGCGUAUCUUGAUAAGAUAUGUCAACAAGGAAGAGAUAAAGCACGAGAAAUAGCUAGUGAUAAUAUUAAACAAAUAAGAGGUAUUAUUGGAUUAGAUUGAUUGUUAAGAUAUCGGAUAAAUUAGGAUAAUUAAACUUGUAAAUAGAAAGAGGAUAUUUAGAUAUCGUGUAUAUAGAUAGUGCAUGCACUUAUAAAUAGAUUCAAUUAUAUUAUAUCAAUUGAAAGUAAAGGCGUCUGAAGUGAAUAGAUCUAGUGUGGGAUAUA